AUGGCAGAACGAAUAAAUCAUCCACCACCAACCCGCAACAACCGGCCAUCCCGUGGCAUGAUUACCACACAUGUGGAAAUGCUCAAGGCGAUGGCCGCGCAGUUGUUGAGGGAAGCCAGGACACUGUCGCACGAUUGUCCGGAGGACACAGUCGGCGGUUGGACGGCCGAACGAACUGCAUCAUUCAGGAUGAUACAUGCAAACCCGACAGCGUGGGCCUUGUAUGAGCGGGGAUUCAUGGAGGGACUUCGAGAGAACAUUCUACAGCACGAAGCCGCCAGGCCAAAUGUAAGACCACCUGGGCGAGCAGCGCCAACAUACCAGCGCUACAACGUCCGGGAUAGGUACGGCCGGUUCCAGCGCCAACAGCCUGUGGAGCAACCGAUGCAGCAGCCGACCCAGCAGCCAGCCACACAACAACCGGUUACUCCGCCAGCUAGCACUCAGGAGCAACAAUUGUCCGUGAUGUUUCCUGAGGGACGCCGGUCCGCGCGGGCCAACACCUCACAGCACCAAGCCACCAGGCCAAGGGCAGGGCCACCUGGGCGUGUGCCACCUCGCCGAUCGGCGCCAAUAUAUCAGCGCCAUAACGUCAGGAAUAGAAGCGGCCGGUUCCAGCGUCAACAGCCUGAGGAGCAACCGACCCAGAAGCCAGCCACACAACAACCGGUUACUCCGCCAGCUAGCACUCAGGAGCAACAAUUGUCCGUGAUGUUUCCUGAGGGACGUCUGUCCGCGCGGGCCAACACCUCACAGCACGAAGCCAACAGGCCAAGGGCAGGGCCACCUGGGCGUGUGCCACCUCGCCGAUCGGCACCAAUAUAUCAGCGCCAUAAUGUCAGGAAUAGAAGCGGCCGGUUCCAGCGUCAACAGCCUGAGGAGCAACCGAUGCAGCAGCCGACCCAGCAGCCAGCCCCACAACAACCGGUUACUCCGCCAGCUAGCACUCAGGAGCAACAAUUGUCCGUGAUGUUUCCUGAGGGACGUCGGUCCGCGCGGGCCAACACCUCACAGCACGAAGCCACCAGGCCAAGGGCAGGGCCACCUGGGCGUGUGCCACCUCGCCGAUCGGCGCCAAUAUAUCAGCGCCAUAACGUCAGGAAUAGAAGCGGCCGGUUCCAGCGUCAACAGCCUGAGGAGCAACCGAUGCAGCAGCCGACCCAGCAGCCAGCCCCACAACAACCGGUUACUCCACUAGCUAGCACUCAGGAGCAACAGUUGUCCGUGAUGUUUCCUGAGGGACGUCGGUCCACGCGGUCCAACACCUCACAUAGAACCAUGUCUGUUGUCCUUCAUUCCAUACCUUACAAUAGCUACAACAAUAAGGUAUAA